AUGGGAGACUCUAAUGAGGAUAGAAUGAUAGUUGAAGACAUUCUGACUCAAUACAUAUCUGGUUCAAUAUUUUCAAAACUUAGAACUUUUAAAUGUUAUGACCCUGAUAUUAAUAAAGAUAUAGAACUUCCUGAAAAUGGAGAAUAUUAUUUAGUUAAAUGGAAAGAUUAUUCUGUACUUGAAUGUUCAUGGGUUGAACGUAGUAAAUUAGAAGGAAAUAUUAAAAUUGAUCCUAAUAAUAUAUUUAAAGAAUUUAUAAAAAACAAUCAACUUGGUUCAAUUAUUGUACAACCAGCACUAAAUAAAGAGUAUAGUGCUGAUAUUUUAAUGCCAGAAAAAAUUCUCAAUAAACAACUUAGAGAUGAUUCAUCAAUGGGUUAUUUUGUUAAAUGGAAUUAUAAUGAUGAAAUCUUUAUAUCUUCUGAAAGUAGUGAAUUUUUUACAAGUCCUGAAUAUUCUUUACUUAUUAAACGAUAUGAAGAUCGAACAAAACCUAUUGUUUCAAUAAGAGAUUCUAAAACAAAUCCAAAAGAAUUUCCAAAAAAUGAUCCAACUAUAAAAUAUGUCAAAGAAGUUAUUAGAAGUUUAAAAAAAGGAAAUGUUACAUGGUGUUACAAUUCAUUACAAUUUAAAUUUGAAUUAUUUAAAAUGUUAUAUAGAGAAAUGACAAUGGGAGUAACUGGUCCUUUUAUUUUUGUUACUGAAGAAAGUAAUAUUCCAUUUUAUAAAGAAAAUAUAAACAGAUUCUUUCCAGACAUAAAUAUUACAUUUUUACUUGAUAGACCUACAACUGUUCCUUUUCAAAAAAUUAGAAAAGAUGAAUUAUAUAGAAAUGAUAAAAGAGGAUUUUAUAAUGGUAUUAUUAUUUCAACACCUAAUAUGUUAAGAAUUAAAAGAAAAGCUUUUGUUGAUAUUCUUUUUUGUGAUAUGGAUCCACAAGCUGCAUUUCAAUUUAAUUUCUUUUGUGAAGAAAAAUCAAUUUGUAUUCUUUAUGAUAAAUUUACAGAGUCUGAAGCAUUAAGAUCAAGAAUUGAAAAAAGAAAAUUAGGUGAAGUUUCUUUUCUUGAAUAUACACCAAUUAAUUAUUAUAUUAAAUAUAUUGAUGUUUUUCUUCAUAUGAAAGAAGAACAAAUGAAUAUGUAUAAUACUAUGAAAAGUUUAAUGAGUAAAUCAACAACUAAUAAAGAUUUAUGUCUUGAAAUGAUGAAACGAAUUUUAACAGACUCAUCACUUUAUAAAGGAAAUAAUUUAGGAUGUAAAGUUGAAUUUAUAAUUUAUUUAAUUAAAUUAAUUUUAAAUAAUACUCAAUUUAAAAUUGCUGUAUUAGGAGAUUAUGAUAAAACACUUAAAACUAUUUCAGAAAAAUUAAAUUGUAAUAUGAUAGAAUGGGAACUUAAUUUUCCACUUGUUGAAUGUAUUUGUUCAUUAAUGUUUUUAAAUGAUAUUGAAAGUAAUGAAAAAGAAAAUAUUAUUCAAGAGUAUAAAAAGAAAAAUGGAAAUAGACAAGAUAAAUUAAAAAUAAACAAUCGUGUUGUAUGUGUUGAUAAUUCAUGUAGUAGAAUGUUUUUAGAUUUAAGUAUGAUUGAUAUUGUAAUUGAUCUUAGUAAUGAAUAUUCUCCACUUUUUGAAUCAAUUAUUAGAACCAAAUAUUUAAUGUUAUCUAAAAAGAAUUUAUUUGUAUUUGAAUUAACUAUUAGUGAAUCGUUAGAUGAAAUAACAACAAUGAUGAAUGAACUUGAUCAAGAAUUAAGUACUUCAGAAAAAACACAAAUAUAUUAUCAAUUAUUAACAAAACAUAAUUUUAAAUAUGGAUACACUGGUAAAUUAAAACCAAUAGAUGAAACAUAUUUAAUUAAUGAUUUAUUAACAUUUAAGUCUCAUGAAGAAAUUCAUCAAAUUGUUUUAGAUGUAGAUAAUAAUCAAAUUAGGUUAAUUAAUGGAUUUGCAAAGAAAGGAAAAAUUUAUCCAAUUGAAGAAUUGAAUGAACAAAUAGAUACAAAUACUUUAAAUAAGUCUUCUUCAGAUGAAAUUCAAAUUGAAGAACAAAAUAAAGAGAAUAAUGAAAUUAAUAAAUCUUCUUUAGAACAAAUAAAGACUAUAAAAGUUCCAACGUUAGAAAAUAAAAAUGAAAUGAAAUUAAAAGACUUAAUAAUUGGUCCAAAAAAAUUUAAUAAAGAAAGAAUUCUUGAAAAAUAUGGUCGACUUGAUCAUGAAGGAAAUGCUAUUAAACAAGAUGAAGAAAUAGAACAAAAUAAUUUAUUAGAACAACAUGAUAAAAAUCAAAAUAAUACAUCAGUUAUUAUUCCUAUUGUUCCAUUAGAAGAACUAAAAGUUGUUCCAAUGGAUGAUUCUGAUACUUCAGAAGAAAUAAUUAUUGAAAAUGAAUUACAUAAAAUUUUUAAAAAAUAUAUUCCAACAAUGAGAAUUGAAAAGAUUAAUGAAUGGUUAAAUUGUAUUGAAAGUUGUAUUCAAAGAUUUGGCAGUAAUGUUUCUAAUUGGAAAAUUGAUAAAACACAAUUUGUUCCAAUUACUUCAUUUCAAUUACAGAUAAUUGUUAAUGAAAUACUUUCUAAUCCAAAUUGUCCAAAAGAAGUUAUCACACAUUCUCAAAUGUAUUCCAUUUUAAGUUAUGCAAUGAAAUUAGUUUAUGAGUGUAAAACAUUACUUCCAGUUAUUCCAUCUACUUGUUUGUCAUGGGAUAUUUCUUGUGACAUAGCUUUAUUAAUGUGCAUUUCAAAUUAUGGACUUGGUGUAACUGAAUUAUAUCUUAAUGAUUUUGUCAUAGGAGGAGUAUUAUCUUUAGGUCAUUAUAGCACAACAGAAGAGAAAAUUAAAUUUUUAAAUUCUCGUAUUGAUAACCUUGUUGAUGAAUAUUUUAAAAUAUUUAAGACUCAAGAAAAAAAAUAA